AUGACGCAGUCGCCGAUGAUAUCGGCGCCACUCAAGGCCACCAACGAGAUCGACUGGGUUGCGCCCUUGAAGAGCUACAUCCGUGACACGUACGGCGAUGACCCCGAACGCUACGCCGAGGAGUGUGCGACGCUCAACCGCCUCCGGCAGGACGUACGCGGCGCCGGCAAGGACAGCACCCCGGGCCGCGACAUGCUCUACCGCUACUAUGGCCAGCUCGAGCUCCUGGACCUGCGCUUCCCCGUCGACGAGCAGCACAUCAAGAUAUCCUUUACUUGGUUCGACGCAUUCACCCACAAGCCCACGACGCAAUACUCGCUUGCCUUCGAAAAGGCCUCGGUCAUCUUCAACAUCUCCGCCGUCCUCUCCUGCCAUGGCGCCUUGCAGAACCGCGCCGACGAGACUGCCAUCAAGGCCGCCUACCAUUCCUUCCAGGCCUCUGCCGGCAUGUUUACCUACAUCAACGAAAACUUCCUCCAUGCGCCGUCGUUUGAUCUCAGCCGCGAGACCGUCAAGACCCUGAUCCAGAUUAUGCUUGCGCAGGCGCAGGAGACCUUUCUCGAGAAGCAGGUGGCCGACCACAAGAAGACUGCACUGCUGGCCAAGUUGGCCGCCCAAGCGGCCUUUCUCUACGCGCAGGCCACCGAGGGCGUCCAGGAAAACGUUAACAGGGCCAUAUUUGAAAAAGUGUGGUUGAUGAUGGCCCAAAUCAAAACUAGUUUGUUCAACUCCAAGGCGCAGUAUUAUCAAGCCUUGACCGACAGUGAAGCAAAGGAGUUUGGGGCCGCCAUAUCACGCCUCCAGGCUGCCGAGAGCAUGGCCAAGGAGGCCGACCGAAUUUCCAGGAGCUUUCCGUCGUCAGUGCCCUCGAGCUCUGGCCUGAGCGCCGAGACGGGCGGGUUCCUACAAGAGCUCUCUAAGCGGCAGCACGCGACCGUCCAGGAGAAGCUUCGCGAGGCACUCAAGGACAACGACUUUGUCUAUCAUCAGACCGUCCCCCCAGAGGCCAGCCUGCCACCCAUCGCAAAACUACCUGCUGCGAAGCCGAUCCCGGUCAGUGAAUUGUAUGCGGGCCAGGACAUUUCGCGCAUCACGGGGCCCGACUUGUUUGCCAAAAUCGUGCCCAUGGCCGUGACCGAAUCUGCCAGUCUCUACGACGAAGAAAAGGCCAAGCUGGUGAGGGCCGAGACGGAGAGGGUGGACACGGCUAACGGGGAAAUGGCUGCCAGCCUGGAUUACUUGCGACUGCCGGGAGCGUUGCAAGUGCUCAAGGGCGGGUUCGACCAGGACAUACCCCCAGACGAAGAUUUUCGGCAAUGGUGCGUCGACGUGGCCGAUCACGAAAACCCGGGCGCAAUCUUCGACUGGCUGGGAACGGAAAAGGAGUCCAUCGUCUCGGACCUGGACAAGAGCUCAAAGCAGCUUGACAUGGAGGAAAGUGUCUGCGAGAAGAUGCGGUCCAAGUACGAGAACGAGUGGAGCCAGCAGCCGAGCGCGCGGCUGACGACGACGCUGCGAGGGGAUAUUCGCAACUAUCGCGAUGCGCUGGACGAGGCCAUGAAAAGCGACAAGCUGCUGGCGGCGAAGCUGCGGCAGAACGAGGCCGAGUUUGACGAGAUGCGGCGCGCAGCCCAAGAUGGCGAGGUGGACCAGCUCUUUCAGCGGGCCGUGGCCGUGGCCAGGGGCAGGGGCAGCAAUGUGGCGAGCCCGUCUGGCGUGGAACAAAACCUGCUGGACACCGACUUUGGCGAGGGCGGACCCAGCGUGGCCGACCAGAUUGGCAGAGUGGAGGAUAUACUCAAGAAGCUCAACCUGGUGAAGAGGGAACGUAACCAAGUGUUGAAGGAUCUCAAGGAAAAGAUCCACAACGACGACAUCUCCCAGGUCCUCAUACUCAACAAGAAGUCCAUCUCCAGCUACGAAGCGCAGCUGUUUGAGCAGGAGCUGGAAAAGUUCAGGCCACACCAGAACCGUCUCCUACAGGCGAACCACAAGCAGUCGGCACUCAUGAAGGAGCUGACGGCGACGUUCAACGCGUUGCUGCAGGACAAGCGGGUGCGGUCCGAACAGGGCAAGUACGAGGCGAUACAGCGGCAGCGGUCAUCGGUGAUUAGCCGGUACAAGCGUGCAUAUCAGGAGUUUCUGGACCUCGAGGCCGGGCUGCACAGCGCAAAGAACUGGUACGGGGAGAUGCGGGAAACGGUGGAAAGCCUGGAGAAGAACGUGGAGACGUUUGUCAACAACCGACGAUCCGAGGGAGCGCAGCUGCUCGACCAGAUUGAGCAGGACCGGUCGGCCAACAAGAACAGCCAGGCGGAGCUGGAACGAGAGCGACUGCGGGGGCUCAUGGAGCGCAUGUCGAUGGAGCCGGCCAAGUCUCCGCCUCGGUCGUCGUCGGGGAGGCCCACGCCGGCGCCUCUCUUCCAGCCAGGCCAGGGGCCACCUCGCUAUCCGCAGACGAGCUUUCAGGGUCACUAUCAGGUGCCGACGUCGCCGCCGCUAAACGCGGGGCACAUGCAGCAGCAGCAGCAGCAGCAUCAGUUUCAGCAGCAGCACCACCAGCAGAGCUUUGCCGGCUACUCCAGCCCGCCGCCGGUCAACACGUUUUCUCAGCCAACGUACAACCCAAGCCAGUACGGACCGACGCCGGGGCCGACCUCGCCGCCGCCGACCCAGACGUCAUUCGGCAUGGCAGCCAUGCGGGUGCCCACAUCGCCGCCUCCAACGCAGUCAUCUUUUGGGCAGAGCUCCCAGAGCCAGCAGAUGUACCAGGGAUACGGAGCAUCACCGGUGGCGCAGCACGGGCAAGGUGGGUUCGUGCCGCCCGGGUUUGUGCCGCCUCCGCCGCCGCCCGGACCUCCGCCGUUGGGACCGCAGCAGACGAUUCAUUACGGGAAUCAGGGAUACGGGCAUCCGCAGGGCGCUCAGUCGGGAAUGGGGCAGCAGCAGCAGCAGCAGCACGAUCCUUGGGCUGGGCUUAACGCGUGGAAAUGA